AUGCAGACAAUAAGAAAACAACAGUACACAUACUCAGAGUUGCAGAGCAUCACGGACAACUUCAAGGUUUUUAUUGGUAAGGGGGGAUUUGGAACUGUUUACCAUGGAUCUAUCGAUGAUACAGAAGUUGCUGUGAAGAUGCUUUCAGAAUCAUCACUACAAGGGGACAAGGAAUUCCAGGCCGAGAAGUUGGCACCCACAUAUAUUUCAACAGCAGUUGCUGGCACUCCUGGUUACCUGGAACCUGAGUAUUACACGUCAAUCAGGUUGACCGAGAAAAGUGAUGUUUAUAGCUUUGGAAUUAUGCUUCUUAAUCACAGGACAACCAUAUAUGAAGAGAACAACAUAAACAUAAGUAGAUGGGUGAAUCUAAAGCUGGAAGGUGGGAAAAUGAAAAACAUUGUUGAUCCUAGGUUACUUGGGGAUUUUGAUAUCAAUUCAGCUUGGAAGGCAGUGGAACUUGCAAUGGCAUGUGUGGUCCGCACGCCCCGCAGAAGACCAGCCAUGAAUGAAGUGGUGAUUGAGUUAAUUGACUGUUUGGUAAUGGAAAGAGCUCGUCAGGAGACAAAAACAAUGCAAUUAAGUGGACUCGGUUCUCUUAAUCAACAAAUUAUAUAUGAUCCGAACCCAAGAUAA